CAGGCGGGAGAGCGAGCGCCAGGCGCCUGCGGAGCGCCCCGCUGACCCGCCGCCCAGCCGAUGCCCUGUGCCCGCCCGGCCCGCCGGGGCCCGCGUCAUGCUGGUCACCGUGUACUGUGUGCGGAGGGACCUGUCCGAGGCGACCUUCUCCCUCCAGGUCGGCCCUGACUUCUUGCUGCGCGACUUCCGCGCGCUGUGCGAGCUGGAGUCGGGGGUGCCGGCCGACGAGAUCCGGAUCGUCCACAGGGAGCAGGUGCUGAGCGACGACCGCGGCUCGCUGGGCUCCCACGGCCUCCGCGACGGCGACGUGCUGGUGCUGCUGCAGGCGGAGGGCGCGGGGCGCGCGCGCGCGGAGCCGGCCGAGCCGGGCACGUCGGGGCGCCGCGCGCACCCCCGCGGCCUGAGCUGGGGCGCGCAGGGCCCCGACAGCCCCGCGCGCAUCCGGAGCGCGCUGCUGUCCAGCCCCCACGACCUGUCGCUGCUGAAGGAGCGCAACCUCCCGCUGGCCGAGGCCCUGCUCGGCGGGGACCUGGAGACGUUCUCGCGCGUCCUGAUGGGGCAGCAGAGGGAGAGGGCCCUGCGGGAACAGGAGAGGCUCCGUCUCUACUCCGCGGACCCGUUCGAUUUGGAAGCUCAGGCCAGAAUCGAAGAGGAGAUCCGGCAGCAGAACAUCGAGGAGAACAUGAACAUAGCGAUGGAGGAGGCCCCAGAGAGCUUCGGGCAGGUGGCCAUGCUCUACAUCAACUGCAAAGUCAACGGGCACCCUCUGAAGGCCUUCGUGGACUCGGGGGCCCAGAUGACCAUCAUGAGCCAGGCAUGCGCCGAGAGAUGCAACAUCGUGCGGCUGGUGGACCGGCGCUGGGCUGGCAUCGCCAAGGGGGUGGGCACGCAGAGGAUCAUCGGCAGGGUCCACCUGGCUCAGAUCCAGAUCGAAGGGGACUUCCUGCAGUGCUCGUUCUCGAUCCUCGAGGACCAGCCCAUGGACAUGCUCCUCGGGCUGGACAUGCUCAGGAGACACCAGUGUUCCAUAGACCUGAAGAAGAACGUGCUGGUGAUCGGCACCACGGGCACGCAGACGUCCUUCCUUCCCGAGGGGGAGCUACCCCAGUGCGCCAAGCUGGUAAGCAGUGCUGGUCAAGAAGAGUCUUCAGACAAGGAAGUAGCAGACACUAUUAAGCAUUCGGUCAAGGAUUUAGGAUGGAAAAAGCAUUGAAAUGGGUUAUAAAUAGGCCGCCACCUUGAGGGAGCCUCAGGUCCCAGGAAAUUCUAAAAUAUGAGCUCACUGGCAAUGUAAUCAUUAAAAAUACCAGUAACAACCACA